AUGGAGUUCGUCACUGCCCUUCGAGGCACCUUUGACGAUAACAAGCCGUCGCUAUUCGAAGUGCUUUCAGAACAGCAGCUCAACGGCUUGUUGCCACCCACAUUACGAUACCUCCUCACAGUUGCGACACAAAGACAUCCUCGGUAUCUGCUACGGAUACUCAACUCCUUCGAUGAGCUCUACGCCGUGUCUAUGCUCGUUGUUGAGCGACACUACUUGCGAACCCGAGGCGGAUCCUUUACCGAAAACUUCUAUGGCCUGAAGAGAGAAAAGGCCUUGCGGGGCGAGAUACCGCGUGCGAGCACAUCUGCUCCGCACCUGGUCCGGGAAACGCUGAAAUUAUCGACGAGCGACGUUUGGAAAAACUUGGCCGUCUUGGUUGGUGUACCAUAUCUAAAGCGCAAGCUGGAUGAAAGCUUCGAAGUGAAUGCGCCAAGGGCGCUGCUCGGAUCAGCCUAUACUCGAAUGCCCGAGAAUCCUACCCUCAAAGACCGAUUCUUGCACUAUUACCGAUGGUUUCUGACGAAUAUAUACCCCAGCGUCAAUGCCGCUUACUAUUUUGCCCUAUUGGCCUUCAAUCUUGGUUACCUGUUCGACAGGACCAAAUAUCAUAAUCCACUCAUGUGGCUGAUUGGAACUCGACUUCGACGAAUGACGGGCGCUGAUUACCAGGCCAUUGAUGCUCUGUCCCAACCCAAGCCAGGGAACCGACCAGGAUCGCGGUCAAUAUUCUCUCCAAGCGAGCUGGGCUCCAAGCUUUUGUCCAGCUUGUCGGUUCUUUUGCCGAUGAGCAUAUUCGCAUUGAAGUUUUUGGAAUGGUGGUACCAGUCAGACUUUGCCAAGCAGUUGUCGCGCAAGGCAACCGAGAACAUUGAUCUCCCCCCACCUAUUGUAAAUGGAGUUCAAAAGAAGGCACAGUCAACUGGAGACGAGAGUGCCAAGGCUGAAAAGAAUGCAGAAGAGGGAGACAAUCAAGUCCUCUCAGCGGAAGACGCUCCAAUUGCGACGCCGUCUUUGCUACCCGUCUACGUGGUGUCAACGCCCAAGGAUACCUCACAGUGCCCCAUCUGCCAAGACGACAUAGUUACCCCGACAGCCUGCCAGACGGGCGUCGUGUACUGCUACACGUGUAUUCACAAGUGGAUAGAAGGCACGCACGACAAGCAAGAGAGCUUCAUGGAAAAGCGAAAAGGAAAAUGGGAGAGCGGCAUUGGCAGAUGUGCGGUGACUGGGAAACGUGUUCUCGGCGGGACUGAGGGUUUACGUCGAAUCAUGAUAUGA